CGCGGCCCUGGUGCCCGAUGCGCGCUUGCCGUGUCCUGGCGUUGGAGUCGGCCACCUUAGGGGCCAGAGAGGCCGGAGUGGCGGAGCGUUUGCCCUGCACUGAGCUGCAUGCACUGUGGGUUGUCUGCCCGGCUGACUGCACAGCCUCGUCCUGUGACCCCGCGUUUGUGGGUGAGGAACUGGGGACUCCCCAGGCUCGCCCAGCACCCCAGCCUCUGUGCUCGGCCACAGCCCUCUACUGCCCCCUCCUGGACAGGCCGCUGUGGUGGCCCAACCUCCAGGGAAAUCUGGGUGAGAGGUGAGCAGUUUCCAAGUAAGAAUGGGACUGGGAGGGGAGGCCGUGGGGUCUCUCGUCAGUGAGGCGAAGAACUCACCUCAUUGUCCUUGUCGGUUAGAAUUAGGGCGUAAAUGGUAGACUUUGCAUAAAUCAAUGGCUGGGCCAGAUGGCCAGGAGUCUAGGAGACUUCUGACCACUUGGACUGGCUAGAAAUUCUAGGAAAGGAUGGUUUUUCUCUGACGACCUGGCCCAGUUGUCCCUUGUCCUUAACUACUGGUUCUGCAAUGUGAAGUGUGGGCGUCCUCCUAGCCACAAGCAAGCUGCUGCCCGAAAGAGCCUCGGGCUAACCCGUCUGGUGGUCUGCUCAGCGGUUCACUCAGCACGUUUUUCCUGAGCAUCUACUAUACGCAAAAGUGCUGUUGGCGGAGGGCGUUGCUCAUGAGAACUCAGACGCGGGUCCUGCCGUCCCUGAGAGGCGGAAGUGCAAGUAGCCGUGAUGGGGCAAGCAGCGGGAGCGGCAAGACAGGGUCGCAAGAAACCCCAGACACAGACUUCCGUGCUCACCCUGCUGGGUCCCUGGGCAGCACCCCGAGUUUUCAAGGCUGAAAUUGCAGCACAGCGUGUCCCCAUCUUCCCAGGCAGACAGUUGGCUCAGCAGCCAUUUCCGAGUUUGUAGGGUGUUCCUUGUGGCUGUCGGUGACACCUGACCCCGACCCUAUACUCCCAUCUGAGUCAAGAGUUCCGAUUCUCUCUUUACUCGGAAACUGAACUGACUCUCACCCUCCCUGCCGCCCCUUCUGGCUCAGCUGGAUUGACGCCAGCCAGCCUUACCAGCUGCUCUGAAAUCCUCUGUCUUCUUGUGGCCUUUGAGUUGGCGUCCUGCCUGGGUGGGGGUGCCCUCCUCACUCCCUCUUCAUUUCCACUGCCCUAGGAGGGUUCCAGGCCCCCAGAUGAGGACUCCCAGAGCUCUAUCGGCUCUGCCCAGGACCCCUCCCUGAGGCUGCCCGUCUGUGUCUGUCUUGAGAGCAGGCGGGGCCUGGCCCUGUGUGUGAGAAAGGGUCCUCCGCUCCCAAAGCGUUUCCAGAAAAAUGGAAGAACAGGGGGCGGGAGGCGAUGGUGCGCGAGUCAUUCCCUGCCUCUAGCAGGGAGGAGAGCUAAAAAUCAAGGGGCUGGAGCAGACUUUGCUCUGGAGAGGUUCAGACCAGCCGCCCUGGCUGGUCCGCAGCCGCACCCCGUUCUGGAAGGAAGGGGCUGCUGCCGAAGGCCCCAGGGGAGGAGGCAGGUGCCCUGAGCAGGUGAGUCACAGCCGCUCGGGUGCCCAGAGAUGCCAGAGUGCGCGUCUCCUCCCCUCACAUUGGCCUUCCAUGUCCCCGACACAGGACCGGGCUCAAAAAUGCAUUUUUGUUAGGAGCCGUUUUGUCUAUUUUUACAAAUUCAGUCUCCAUCUGGAAGUGGAACCUCCUCCCCCUUCCUCUCACUGAAGGCAUUCCUUGGGGGCAGGGAAGCCGGAGCUGGUGCUGCCCGCUCUUCUUUCCGGGGUGGGGGUGGAGGGAUUGGGGCGGAGCCCCUCCUGUGAGCCCCUCCUGCGGGUGGAGCCUGGAGGGGGCGGGUGACCAUAAACAGUGCGCUGGAUAAGCAGGGGAGAAUGAUGUCUGGGAAGGAGGGUGAUAAGAGCUGUGAAAACACAGACCGAGGCAAAGAGCUGGCUCUGGGGACAGAGUGAGCGGGAGAUGCCUUCGCGGCUGGGUGGGGUCGUCAGGGUAGGCCUUGUCCAGAAGGCACACUGGGGCACAGACCAGAGGAGAUGAGGGGUGGGCCAUGUCGAUGGGUGGGGAAACGCAUUCUGCAGGAGGGAACAGCUUGUGCAAAGCCCUUCGGUGGGCCUGGCACAUCUGGGGACAAAUAAGAAGACCUGUGUGGCUAGAAGCAGUAGGGAUGAGGCCAGAGCUCGCCCGGGGCGGGGGACAUGCACGAGGCGCUCUCCGAGUACCGGCCCAUCCUCUCCGAGGCGCACCGGCUUCAGCACCACAGCUCCAUGGUGGAUAAGAAACUGGUCCUCAUCCCGCUCAUCUUCAUCUGCCUCCGGGUCUGGAGCACCGUGCGGUUUGUCCUGACCCUCUGCGGCUCCCCAGCGGUGCAGACACCGGUGCUGGUCAUUCUGCACGGGAUCGGGAACACGUUUCAGGGAGGCGCCAACUGCAUCAUGUUCGUGCUCUGCACCCGUGUGGUCCGCACGCGGCUCCUCUCGCUGUGCUGCUGCUGCCCUCCCCAGCCCGCUGCCGAGAGCCCGGCCGGCUGGCCGCCCAGGGCUGCCCCAGCCUCCACGACGGGGGACUCUCAGGGACCUGGCUGGACCCCCCACGAACUGCCAAGCACCUGAGCGCUGCCCUUCCUCGUUCUGUGCGUGGGUGCGGCCUCCCUUGGACAGGUGGCCACAGGGAGUAGGAGAGACGUCCGAGCACCGAAAGCCAUCUGCCGUGAAGCUCUCGAGCCCGGCGGGGGCGGCCGCACCCCCUCAGCUGCUCUACCUCCUAGACCCUCACACUGCACGUCUGCACCCGCGUCCUGCUGCGCUCGGAGAGUCUGUCUGCGUGAGGGCCGGCAGUGGGAUUCGGGGAGACCAGCAGUACGCGAUCACUGCCAGGUUGCCCUGUGGUCCAAUGGUCAUUGGCCUCUUGACCACACAGCACUGUUUACAAUUUGAAGGACCCAUACCUGUGGGAAAAGCAUGAAGAGAUAGGUCUGCUGUGUACCCAUCCUAAAUAAAAUGGAGGGUACAAGAGAGGCACCCCCCACCUAGAUAUCA